GGAGUAAGCACACUCACUCAUUCACAUCAUCAACAAGCAUCAAGAAGAAAAUCAUUCAAAGAAUCUUCAGAGAAACAAGUGUGUUCAAGAGCAAGAAGAAGAUGAAGACUGCUGCAGUUUUUGUUGUGUUUGCCUGCCUACUUAUUGUUCAUGUACAAGGACAAGCCAAGACCGGUGUAACCAGGUGUUUGUGUCAGGGUCCUGCAGCUAACGUAGUUCGCAUUAAAAAUAUUGACAAGAUUGAGUUUCAUCCCGCUAGUGCAUCUUGUGAAAAUGUGGAAAUCAUUGUCACUAUGAAGAACGGUGCAGGAAAGAAAUGUUUGAAUCCAAAAUCAGAAUUUACUCAGAAUUACAUCAUGGCAGCAUUAAAGAAAAAGAGUGCAGAGUAAAGCAUGCAGUGUGUCAACAGAAAUAGAGGACGAAUGCAGAGACGACUUGCUUUUCUAUUUUAAAUAUUUUAUUGUGAUGUAAAACUGUAUGUAUUAUAUUUUAACUGUUUAAUUUAUGAGUGUUACAUCUUUAUAUGACAGAGUGUAUUAAGUUUUUUAAGGAUUUAUGCAAAUGUAUUGUUCCUGUACACUGACGUACUAAAAUUAUAAUAAAGUCAGCACAUAAUAGUGCUUAAAAACCAAA